CCGGCGAGCUAUUUAAGAAGGCGGAGAAGCCGGCAGCGGAACCGGAGCGUGCGGCGCUGUUCCUGGGGCUUGCCUUGAGUGGGUGGCGGAAAAGGAGAGCGUGCGAGUGAGCUCUCGUGGGAUCUGCAGCUUGCCUUCCCCUCCACCCGAGGCGGACUUGUUCCUGGAACUUUGCAGAGAGAGACACAGACUGUGCACCAUGUUACACAUGCAUCUGGAGCAGAACAGUGCCAAGCCUCUUCCUGUGGUGGUCAUAGGAAAUGGCCCCUCGGGGAUCUGCUUGUCUUACCUGCUGUCGGGUAACAUCCCCUACGUCAGAAGAAACUCGGUCCAUCCGAAUCCCAUCUUGCAGAGGAAACUAGAAGAGACACCAGAAGUCUCGGUUGUAGACCAGGAUGUGGAUUACCUGUCUGAAGGCUUGGAAGGACGGUCCUCUAGCCCGGUUGCGAUCCUCUUUGACUCCCUGCUCCGCCCAGAUACAGACUUUGGUGGGGCAGCAGAAUCGGUCCUCACCUGGUGGCAUCAGCCUGACAGAGCGGUUCCUCAUCUAGUUCUUGGCAAAAACCUUCCUGGAGGAGCCUGGCAUUCUAUUGAGGGAUCCAUGUUCACGCUGAGCCGGGGAGACUGGAUGGAGCUUCCAGAUCUGGAGUUCAAGGACUGGAUGAGCAGGAAGAAAAGGGGCUUCAGAAAUAACAGGGCGACCGCUGGAGACAUCGUCCAGUAUUACCAAUACUACGUGGCAAAGAAAGGGUUAAAGAAGAACUUCCUCUGUGAGACUCUUGUGACGUCCGUGAAGAAACUGAGCCUCGAUGAAGGCUCCAGCUACAAGCAUCAGACUUCAAGAGACAGCAGCUGUGAGUGGAAUUUCUUGGAGAAACCAAAAGACGGCUCACCCACGGACAGUGGCAGCCUCUUCCAGGUGGAUGGACUUGUCACAACCAUCAGUGGCACGCAGCCCUUCUCUGUGCAUGCAGAAAACGUGGUCCUAGCCACAGGGACAUACGACAGCCCCUCCUGGCUUGGCGUCAAAGGGGAGCAGCUUCCUUUUGUUCAUCACACACUCUCGGCUCUCGAAGAAGCCAUGAAGAACAAGGAGAUUGGCAUGAUGUCUGAUCCAGUCCUGAUCGUCGGUGCUGGGUUAACAGCAGCGGAUGCGAUCCUCUUCGCUCACCAUUGCAACAUUCCGGUGAUCCAUGCCUUCCGCCGGAGGGUCAAUGACCCAGCUCUCAUCUUCAACCAGCUCCCUAAAAACAUGUAUCCCGAGUACCACAAGGUCCACCAGAUGAUGAAAGAGCAGGCUGUCCCUUGCCCGGGACCAUACGAGGGCUACCUCAGCCUUCCUGAGCAUCACAUUGUCUCCUUCACAGAGGACAGGAAGUGCAUCUUCCAUGACAAGAAGGGCCACCAGAAAAUGUACAACAUUUCCAUGGCUUUUGUUCUCAUUGGCUCCAACCCCAACCUGUCUUACCUGCCCAACAACGGGAUGGACUUGGCAGUUGACUGUGAUCAGCCAGUAAGCUCCAAGAGGAACCCUAUUGAUGUCGAUCCCUUCACCUAUGAAUCUGUUCAUGAGAAAGGACUUUAUGCCAUGGGUCCACUAGCCGGGGACAACUUUGUGCGCUUUGUGCAAGGCGGUGCAUUGGCUGUUGCCAGCUCUCUGCUGAAGAAAGCCAACAAGAACCCUCCCUAACAGGAAGGGUUUCCCUUUUUCUCUAGAGGUGCUAUCUUCUUCCAGAGAACAAGGGCACUGAACAGGCAAACAUCAUUCCAGAUGUGAAGUCUCUCCACCAUAGCAUUCUCUAGGAUGGCUCCCAAAUGCCGUCGCAGACCCAAGAAUGUGAAGUUGGCAAGAGUGUGGGGUUUACUUCUAAAUCUGCAGGGUGCACAACCAUUCCCCAUGUUCUAAACUGGGGAGGCAGCUCUGUGAAGACCUUGGCACGUGAGGUGGGGUACUACCUGCUGCUCUGGAAGCAUGCAAGGUUGUAACUUCCCCAUUAACCACCUCAAGGACCAUUGGGGUAGCUGCAAGCUUGGAAUCCACAUGGCUAAACCUAUAAUGGGGUUUUCUCCAUGUGUGCAGAGUCUCGUUCAGAAUCGUGCUGCUCUUAAGUGUCCUAUCAGAAUGACUGUUCUGUGCUGCUGUAAUCACUCAAGGGUACGAUGGCUGGGAUCCAAAGCUGUACACAGGGAAGGUGGGGGAUUUUCUGCUUUCUCUGCCAUUGGUGGCAUCUCUCUCUAAGUUGGCAGUUUUUGAGAGCGGCUUCUCAGAGCAUAAGCGGCUGCAGCAGAGGGUGGGAGAACUGAUAGUUUUAUAUAUACACACACACGGAAGUGCCUUCUGCUCCUACAUGGUAGGGUUGCUGCAUCCAAGUCAAAGGGUCCAAGGGAUGCAAGGUUCUUGUCCAUAUUGCAGGGCACCUGUCUCUGCUGGAUCUCUUACUGCAGACAAGCGCAGUCCCAUAGUGAUGAGUUCAGCCUACUGAGCUGUGCAGGAGCGCAGAGUAGCUAAGUGAGAUGACUGCUGCGAUUGUAGUCAUCUCAAAUACCUUGACGAUGCCCUUUCUGCUGAUUUUUUAAAGGUGUGUGCUGAGGACUGAUCAGUUCAGUGGAAUUUUAGUGCUGGUAAGCAAAGAGCUUGCAUGGGGCUUUUACAACUGGAGUAUUUCUUUUGUACACUGAUUUUAUGCUUUUUAAAUAAAGAUGUGGUGGUCCACAAACCAUGGGUUUCCUUCCUUUGUGGGGA